AUGUCGGAUAAAACCGCUGCACUCUUGACAAUCCAAGAUUUCUUCAACAUGGAAAUCGGUCUCAAGCCCACCGAUGGGGAUGCAAUCAUGGUAAAAGCUCACAUUUUAUGUAGUGGAAGCACAUUCUUCAGAGAUAUGUUGACACUGCCCCAAUCGUCAUCCAAGGGCCACUCGGAUAAAAUCAUGGUCGAUCUCGACGUCACUCAAGCGAUCUUGAAGAUGAUAGUCGAUAUGAUAAACGAUAAACAGAUCCCUCAGAAACCCACCUCGGCUCAGUUUUUCACUGCCAUCGACUUCUGCGAUAGAUACGCUAUGGAUGGACUUCGAGACCGAUUCCUCCUAAAACUUUCCGACUACGUCGAAGAUGAGCCUUGGAAAUGCUUUUGCAUCGCAUCUGAUCACCAUCUUCCGGAACUAGCGACCGGUGCAGUCUCGUCCUUCGCCCACGAUUCUCGGAUAGAUGGAUUACGUCUCCUUUCCUUCCCUGCACAUGUCGCCGAGGAAGCAGCUCCUAAUUAUGUGGCCGCCUUGGUAAGAGCAAUGUACAGUUACAGUCGAGCUUUUCUUCAUGCGGAGCAGAGACUCAAGAGUGAGGAUUGGCAAGUUGUGAGCCAACACUUUUCCAAAGCUAUUCCGUUCCCUCAAUGUGACGGUGACGAGCUGAUGCGCCCAAGUCGAGUGUUCGAUUAUAAGAUUGACCUCGUCAUGAUGAUGAACACUGGCGCAUCACUUCCCCUGAAUAUCAUAUGGAUCUUCGACGUAGAUGCUGCUGAGGAGAGAGAUGAGUUAGCUCACAAUCUCAUGGCAAUAGAUCAAGUUCGUCUUGCCAUAUGCGCUCACUGCAGGAUUGGAGUCAUUGAGGAUGACAUUACUUUAAGGUCGGGGUGGGGUCUUCUGUGGGGGGGGCGUCCCAGUCAAUCCAUUCCGGGUGGCUUGUGCAUUGCGGUCAAGUAUUCUCGAUACUUGCUCUUCCAUACCCGGACAUUUGCGAGGAAUUGGCGAAUAGCCUCUGGAAGAGAAACCAGAGUCUCAGCUCCUUGUGUGGUGCCUGACGAAGAUAUCUCAACAGGAAGGGCUUUUCACCUUGAUCUCCGAUCAAUCCACUUCAUCGAUUCAACCUACGUCGGGGGCUAUCUUCGCCCCAUGGCAGCGCGUAGCGUCGGGAUGAGGAGGGCUGUGUUCGUACCAGAAGGCAAACUCACGCGCAUCACAAGUAGCCGUCUCAGACGAUCCCGAUACUAUGAUGUGUAUGUCUCAGGCCAGGAUUGGCUACACGGUCAAGGUGCAGGUGUAUCUGGUCUAUCCUCACAGACGACCGUUCUCGCUUUUCCCGAACCCAUCUCAGAACGUCAGAACUCUCCCAUAAUCCCUACCUAUGUCAGCAUCACUUCCACUGGGGUUUCAGACAUCCGAUCCGACAAUAUGGAGAAUGUCCAACUCUCGCCCUCGACUGCCUAUCGUCCGCAAUCUACGAACGCCGCUAGAUCCCAAGAGCCAGAUCAAAUAGCCAUGCGUAAAACAUGCAACAUCUCACCUCAUGUUCGGGCAAGCUCGUUCUGCCAUGUGUAUUCGGGUCAAACACCUCGAAGAAGAUCUCCAGUCAUGGACAGUCAAGGAAACCCCCUCUUACAGGAUAUUCUUCUCCAACCUACAUCUGGUCCCCCCAUAGCGGUAAAAGCUUACCUCCUCUACGCUCACAGUACGGUCUUUCAUGACAUGAUCGACCUUACACUCAAUCAUGGCUCGGGUCAAAAUACGACCAAUCUGGAGGAUUACUCGCUCGACAUCAACGGCACCACAGACGAAGUGACUUUCUUGGUCGAGCUGCUUAACGGACGUAGACUCUCGGGACAAGAAACCUGGGCUCAGAUGAAGGCGACUAUCGGCACCUGCGAGAAGUACGGAUUCGACUUACACAGGCAACUCAUCGUCCUCAGUUUGUACGAUCGUACCAAUCUAGACCCCUGGGAGAUUUUCUGUUUGGCAAGUCACUACAACAUGCUUUCACUAGCACGUAAAGCUAUAGCAUCUUUCUCGGAAAAUCCAAACACUACGAACCUGUCCUUGGCAACACUCACAGGACCCCAAUUGGCUUCCGUAAACUCGGAGUAUAUGGCGGCACUUGUACGUGCCAUGUCCCCGCAAACGAUGGAGUCGCUUCAAGUUCGCAUCAGAAACGUGAGCGGACAGACUUUUGGUCCAACGCAGAGUUGGCAGUUGGUAAGCGAGAGAUUCACGCUGAAUAGUUCCAGUAGGAAUGUCGCCAUUGAUAGCGUCACCUCAGCAUCACGAUGCAUGGUGAAUCACCCCAGUGAUGUCUCUGCUCGAUUGUCCGGGUUGAUCUUCCUAAAUAUUGAAUCAUACAAGUCCAAACAGGGAUUGGCAGGAGUUUUGAUGGUGGAGCUCAAAGGCUACGUCAAGGAAGACAGCCAUGUUGGACGAAACGACGCAUCAAAACCCGCUGUUGCAAGAUAUCCUUCUGAAACCUACCUCGGGUUACCCGAUCCCCGUGAAGGCACACCUCCUCUAUACGCACAGGUCAAGACUGCUCUAGACCUGUGCGAGAAGUAUGGCUUCGAACUAUACAAAGAACACCUCAUUCUUCACUUGUUCAAGUUCACGGAAGACGAACCUUGGGCGAUAUUCUGUAUUGCAAGUGAAUACAACGUACUCGCAUUGGCGCGCAAGGCCAUUACCUCUUUCGCCAAACAUCCAGAGACUCGCAUAUUCAACUUACAUACACUUGGCGGUCCUCACAUUGCAUCGGUGGACCCGAACUGCAUGGCCGGGCUGGUGCGUCUCUUGGCGGAUCGACGUCUAGCACAACGUUACGACAGCGCCGGUCAAGUCGUGUAUAACACCUAUACGGAGAGUGAUUGGAAGACGAUCAGUAAGGGCUUCAAACCUGUCUGGGUCGAGCUACUUACCUUCCUGGAAAGAUACGCCGACAAAACUGCCGACAUCUUGCUCAAGAGCAACGAUGAGAAGCUCUUCCGUGUUCAUUCGUACAUCCUCAAGGCCCAUAGUACCGUUUUUCGCGACAUGAUAAGUCUCCCCUCUACGAAUGACAAAAAAGAUCCCAUAACCCUCGAUAUGACGUCCGUUCAACUCGAAAUCUUCCUCGACUUCAUGCAUGAAACGGAUCCCACGCUUGCGUCUAAGUGGGCAGAUUGUAUGACUCUCAUCGAACACCUGAAACAGUAUGGCUGCGAGUCUCUAGUAGAACGGGUUGUUGUACGCCUCGGCACGGUUGCGGAUCAAGCUCCAUGGGAGGUAUUUGCCCUGGCGAGUCAACAUGACAACUUGGGGCUUGCCUUGACCGCACUCCGACAUUUCGGGAUGGACCAUAGAACGUCUGCGCUGAAUAUGAGCAAUGUUAGCAAGGCAAUGGCGAGUAGCGUGACUUCUAUGUACAUGACUGCCUUAGCCGGGGCCAUGGAAGGGCGGGUGAUCUCCUUCCGCGGGGAAGUAAGAAACUGGGGAGAGGUUAGUGGUAAGUUCACUCUUCCUAAGUGA